GGUCUUUAGCUAGCUGCUUGGCUAAGUUGUGUUAAUGGACGUUGGAUGGAUUUCUGCCUAUUUAACCUUUCCCUGCCUCAUGUAUAAGCGUCUAAAUGGAACGACCUUAAGCUAUUGUUCAGUAAUAUUUAAGUUUACGCGUUUAUUCGGUGUUUAAUGCCGUAAAUACUGCUGGACGAGCAGAUGUACACAGAGAGGUACUGAAGACAACAUGGGAAGAACACUGAGAAGAAAACACGUGUUCUGAAAGCACAAAGAAUAAAGACACUAACGAGAGAGAGAGAGGCGCUUCAUCUACAUGAAGUCCACCGUUAUUCUCUGAGAACCGAGAGGUCUGAUCAACACUGAAGAUGGUCUGAUGGACCGACGCUUCUUGCUGACAUUAAUUUUUUGUUCAGUGUCAUGGAUUUUCUUUUGGGAACUGCGCUGGAAGAAGAGCAAGGAAAGUCAGAUUGAAGAAUGGCUGCAAGGCCAUAGUCUGUCAGAAUACAAGCAUUUAUUUGAAGAUGUGCAGUCUCUGGAAGAAUUGAGUCUUAGUGUGUUGACUCGUUUGGAGGACGUGGUGAAGGAACAGCGGCGCUGGAGGGACAUCGCUGAAGCCGACGUCCGUCUGCUCAGAGACUUUGCCUUUCAGGAGUGGCUGUGCUCUCAGAGCCUUGAGCACUACUACCACACUCUGAAGACCCUGGGAUGCACUAAUCUGGAUGACCUAGCCCAGUUUGACAGCCAGCUUCAGCUCUCUCUGGCAGCCUGGGGCUAUUACUACGAGGACUAUAUCAAGCUGUCCACAGGCGUAAAGGUCCUCCAAGCAUCCCGGGGUAGCAGGGACCAGGACUACGAGGUUCAGCUGGUGCACAGCCUUGCUGAGAGGCGCCUGAAUGAGAAGUGGUCCAUUGCUGGAGCUGUGAUAUUCGGCUGUACGGUUGCACUGUGCUUUCUGAUAAGGGACCUCAUGUUUUACGUGAUUGGUGGAAUAACCGUUUCCAUCAUUGCAUUUGUCUUUACCAUCAAGUUCUUAUGUGAGCUCGCAGCACGUGUGGUCAGCUUCCUGCAAAAUGAAGACCCUGGGCGUCGUGGGGAUCGCAGCAUUUAUGACUAUGUGCGGGGGAACUACCUGGAUCCACGCUCCUGCAAAGUCUCCUGGGACUGGAAGGAGCCACAGGAAGUGGGCCAGACCAUGAGCUUCCGUGUGCAGCUCUUCUAUAAGAACGGCCAGCCUUUUCCAGCGCACAGGCCAGUGGGUUUGAGGGUGAACAUCACUCACAUAGAGCUUGCUCUGGACAUUCCUGUCACCCAGGAGAUCCUUCAGGAGCCGGAGUCCAACGUGGUGAAAGUGACCUUCACUGUGCGCAAGGCAGGCCGCUACGAGGUGGCAGUGAAACUGGGGGGGCUCAAUGUGGCAUACAGCCCCUAUUAUAAAAUGUUUCAAGCAGGGACGGUGGUGCCAUCCAAAACAAAGAUCGCAUACCAUUUUUCAACUUUGGUGCUGACAUAUGGUCAACAGCACACACUGCAGAUCGAGCCUCGAGACGAGUACGGCAACCCUACCAGCAACUCCGUCUCUCUCGUGGAUGAGGUCAACUACAGUGUGCAUAUACACUCGUUGGGUACUACGGAGGAGGACAGUUCUGAUGAUGACUACAGCACGUCUGUCUGUUGUAAUAAGCAGCAGUGUCAGGUUCUGCUGCGGCUCACUCUGAACAAAAAGGGCUGCUUCAGGGCACGCAUUACUUACAGGGACCAGCCUCUCAAUAAUGGAGAGUUCGACAUCAUUGUGCUUACUGAGAACGAGAAGAACUGCGUGGAGAAGAACGUGUCCACUCCAGGAAUUAGUAUAUAUUUUGAGGCCUACCUCUAUGGUACAGGGAACUAUAGCAGCUCUACCUGGCAGUUCCCAGCAUCCUCUCUGCUCACUCCACCACGACGGCCGUCCACGGGCGACGACGAGGAAGAGCACGACUCUCCAGUAGAAGGCCAACCGGAGAAGGUCAAGAAACCAAAAAAGGUCUACUGCUACAUAUCACCAAAGCAACUCUCUGUGAAGGAGUUUUACCUGAAGAUUAUUCCAUGGCGCCUUUUUACUUUUCGUGUGUGCCCUGGAACUAAGUUCACGUACCAUGGGCCUGACCCCAUCCAUAAGUACCUGACGCUGGUGGUGGAUGAUGGGAUUCAGGCUCCUGUCGAACUCAGCUGCAAGGACAGGAACAUUAUGGCAGCCACGUUUAUUCGCUUUCUGCAUAAGAACAUUGGAGGCUCAGAAACAUUUCAGGAUAAAGUCAGCUUUUUCCAGCGAGAGCUUCGGCAAAUUCACUCCAAGAAGCCUCGAAUUAAAACGUGCCUGAAGAUCAGCCGUCACUCCAUUCUCGACUCUUCUCUAAAGGCCACCAGAAACUUCUCUGUAUCGGACUGGAGUAAGAACUUUGAGGUGGUGUUUCAGGAUGAAGAAGCUCUGGACUGGGGAGGGCCGAGGCGCGAAUGGUUCGAACUCGUCUGUAAGAAUCUGUUUGACACCAAUAACCAGCUGUUCACACGAUUCAGUGACAAUAACCAGGGUCUGGUCCACCCUAACCCAGAGCGUCCUGCUCACCUGAGGCUGAAGAUGUACGAGUUUGCAGGGCGUGUGGUAGGGAAGUGUCUAUAUGAGUCAGCUUUAGGAGGAGCCUACAAGCAGCUGGUACGAGCCAGGUUCACUCGCUCUUUCCUGGCCCAGAUCAUUGGUCUGCGCAUGAACUACAAGUACUUUGAGACCGACGAUCCAGAGUUCUACAAAACAAAAGUCUGCUUUAUUUUAAAAAAUGACGUGAGCGAAAUGGACCUCGUAUUUGCUGAGGAAAAGUACAAGUCAGGACAACUGGAAAAGGUGGUGGAGCUGAUAUCAGGCGGCGCUCAAAUUGCCGUCACUAAUGAGAAUAAGAUCCAUUACCUGAAUCUGCUGGCUCAGUUUAGACUGGCCAGUCAGGUGAGGGAUGAAGUCGAGCACUUCCUCAAAGGGUUGAACGAACUCGUUCCUGAGAACCUUCUGGCCAUAUUCGAUGAAAAUGAACUAGAGUUGCUGAUGUGUGGUACUGGGGAUAUAAACGUGCAGGAUUUCAAAGCCCAUGCUGUUAUCGUUGGCGGGUCGUGGCACUUCAGAGAGAAGGUGAUGAAGUGGUUCUGGGCCGUGGUGUCCUCCUUCACUCAGGAAGAGCUUGCACGUCUCCUCCAGUUCACUACCGGCUCCUCUCAGCUCCCUCCUGGUGGCUUCAACACACUCUGCCCAUCCUUCCAGAUCAUAGCAGCACCAACACACAGCACGCUGCCAACUGCACACACUUGUUUUAACCAGCUGUGCCUCCCUACUUACGACUCCUACGAGGAGCUGCACAAACUGCUGAAGCUGGCCAUCAGUGAGGGCAGUGAGGGCUUUGGCAUGCUCUGACCACACACUGGCUCUGACUUUCGGAUACGCUGAAGGAAUCGCUUUUUUUUGUGUGUCUUCUUUCCAAUGAAUGAGCUGCUGUAUAUGAGCCAACGCACCUUUUAUUGUCCAAUAACAGACCUCUUAAGUGAAGCCCACACAGAUGUCCAGAUUAUUCUCUCUCAAGCAGGACCUUCACAUGAUCCUGAGUUGCCUUUGGCUUAUUCCACUGGAUGCUGGAGCAAUGUAAAUAUGUAAAUAUUUUGUUUUGUACUGUUUAAAAAAAAAUAAGGGGAAAAAUAAACGAAGUAAGAACCAUGGCGUUUAAUUCUCGAAGGUACAAUUGUUUCAUUUUAUGUGGGUUUGUAAAGUCAUGAAAAUGUGUGAAGCUACUAUCACAUUUGGCAUUAACAAAGCUGGGAACAUUCACACGGAGUGUUGCAGCCUUUAAGAUGUGUGGAGCUACUACACACUCACUGCACUUUGGCCUUAACCGAUCAGGGAAGGUUGUGUGUUUGUUUUUGUAUAUAUCAAACUUGUAAAAUGUCUUCUUUCUUGAUUCUCUUUUUUGUUAUGUAGUUCUUUCAUGUAGCCUAAUGUAACUGUGUGUGUGUGUGUGUGUGUGUGUGUGUGUGUGUGUGUGUGUGUGUGUGUGUGUGUGUGUGUGUGUGUGUGUGUGUGUGUGUGUGUGUGUGUGUGUGUGAGAACAGAAGAGUCUGCAUUGCAAAAUAUGAUGAAGGGAUAGGAAGAGGAGCACUGGUUAAAAAGAGCUGAUGGUUAAUUACAAAUCUCUGGGUAACAUCUAUGCAUUUUACUAGUGAGCCUAAUUUACAAAGUAGGAUGUCAAAGUAUUUUAUUUUUCUUUCUUUUUUUUUUAAAUAAAUAAGGCAUGUUUUCCUUGACACAAACUUCUUCAUUGGUCAAGGAGAGAAGAUGAUUAUUUUUUUUUUGCCUUUGUUAUUGCUUGAUUUUGUUAUCCAUGACCGUAAUUUAUUUUUAACUUAUUCCCACUUACCAAAAUGUCCUGUAAUAUUAUACUUGUGUUGUUAAAAACGAGUGUUAUAUGAAACAAGAGAGAUCGAUUGACUUUUACUGUAAGUGUCUUUAGUGUUUUGUCAUAUUGCACCUAACCAUCACAGACCUGUUUCCAGUAAACCCAAACUGGAAAAAUACUGUUUUUAAUGUGUAAUAUUCAUCAAUUAACCAAGUAUUCUGAAAAUUGUAUCAAAGCUAGUUUCAGAGAGAUGAAUGUUUAUUGAAGAAAAGUGCUGGGAAUGUUGCACUGUCCAUGAAAACGGCCUCUUAAUAGAUGGAAGGUUGCUCUGGAUGUCAGUACAUGGGUGCAGCGUCUCACAUGAGUGGAACUUCUUAUGAGUGCUUUAUCCAUUGCAUCUUAAGUUUCAUGUUAAUGUGGGUGCUCAUUUACAAAGCCUACACACUGCUGUCAAAAUGUGUCUUAACAUGGACUGUCCAUUCUAUCAUCCUAUGUAACUAUGCUUCAAGUCAAAACACAGCUGCUGUUAACUUUGGCGCUUAUGUCCGCUUGAAUAAUUCAUAGAGAAUUGUGUCAUACAGGUUGUAUUUUAACCACGGAUCCUGAAGUUAAGCGUCAGAACUGUUCGAACUAUUAGUCACCCUCCUCCCUUUAAUGCCACAAUGAAGCUUUUCAUAUGGUCUCGUUUUAGAUAUCGUGCCCUUUGACCUUGGAUAAAUAACACCACAGCAGAAACUCCAGGGUGUGGCUAGACUGUGAAUGAAAUCACUGCAUACAUGUCUGGCUGCGUGUGUUGGACGAGGCUCGUCGUGAUUACCUCAGUCGCCAUCAUGUAAAAGCACAGUGACUGAAAAGUGUCCUGCAAUUAUGUCAUUCAUGCUGCUGUGUCAUUUCAGUCAGUCAGCAGGGACAAAGCGAGACACGAGCAUGACCAUUCUGGUUUCUCUGACCUUAAUGUGCAGGGCAUUUUCUUACCGAUUUGAAAGUGUGAAAUAAUGCAUUAUAAAUUUCAUGUGUAUAUAUUGUAAUAAAGAUGCCAAUGGCUCUGGGUUGAUUUGCUAUGGGUUUUUCUUGUGUGGAGAAGCCUGGUUACUUUACAUUGGUACCUGUGGUAUGAAUGUCUUGGGUUUUCAGCACUGUUCUAAUGGCUAAAUCACUUGUUUCUUAUUUAUGUGACAAAAUAAAUUGAAAAGUGGGACAGUU